UUUCACUUUAAUUUUUAUAAAUAUUUGGUUCUGUUUUUCAGAGCUAACUAUCCCGCAAGAAGAAAUUUACAUUGAAGAAGGAAAAACAUUGAAAAUAAAUUUUACAGCUUCAGAAGAUAUUGAUUUUUUCUAUCCAAAAACGAUCAAAGAUCAAAUUGUUACAUCACCAGUGGAAUUUAUAGUAGAAACUGCGUUAAACUCAUCAAAAUUUAUAUUGAAAAGAUCUAAUACCGUUUUUGGAGACACUGGAUGGUAUGGAUGGAUUGAAGCAAGCAAAAAUCAACGAAAGCUGAAUUUACGUAACAUUUUGGUGACGCCCUACUCUUACAAUGAAAUUGACAUACACUGGGUUUACGUUUACGUAAAAUCUAAAAAAAAAUCACUCACUUCUACUUCUCAAAUGUAUCACAUCAAAAGUCCAGUUGGAAGCGAUGUAAAUUUUCCGUGCUACCCAACCUCUCCAGAUUACAACGUAACUCUCUCUUAUUUAGAAAGAAGAUAUAGACGCACAGUAAUCAUGCCUGUAAGCGAAAAAUUAUCCUAUCAUCGAAAAAAAGGAUUUACAUUGCACAAUGUCAACAUUAAUGACGAGAGAAAAUAUCUAUGCGACGUUCCUCCACCACAUAAGACAAACUUUGUUUUGAUAAACUUGAGGGUUAAAGGUUAUACUUCGGAAAAUUCGUUGGAAAUUUCUUCUCGACCUCUGCAACAAAUCACUGUUGCUGAGGAUUUUUCAAUGAAUUGUACUAUUCGCACGGAAAAAUCUUACUCAUAUGAUACAUUUCGCUGGAUAACGCCAUUACAGAAAAAUUACAUGAGAAAAUUUAUUUCUUAUUUUGAUGGAAAUUUAAACGUCCAUGUAAGUCAACUGUCAAUAAAAAAUGUAACAAUCAACAAUUUUGGUGAGUAUAAAUGUGAGUUUUACGGAUUUGACACUAUAAAAAAUGCAAAGGUUGAUCUUCAAGUUCACACCGAAAGCCGCCUAGAAAUAUUAAUGGAAAGCUCGGUUAAUAAAUAUAAAAAAGAAUUUGGCCAAUGUAUCAAGUGGACAUUAAAUAUUACAGCAUAUCCUUUGCCAAAAUUUAAAUGGCUUGAUCCCAAGAAUAACGAAAUAAACAAUGAUUGGACUUUUCAUAAUUAUAAAGUCAAUGACGAAAAUUUUUCCAUUAAUUUAGUUAAGCUAGACUUAACUCUUGAAGAUCGAGGAAAUUAUACACUAAUAGCUACUAAUUCAAAGGGAACUAAGACUAUAGAUUUUUUUGUCGACGUACUCAUGAGGCCUUUGAUAACAAAAAAAUUGAAUAGCAUCCAAGAGAGGUAUUUUUCAUCAAACGAACUAUUAGAGUGUGAGUGUGAAGCUCAAGGAAAUCCGCUGCCAUUCAUAACAUGGGAGUAUACAAACAAUUUUAAAAAUUCAACUGAGAGUCUAGCAGCAAAUAAUUUAUUCAAUGUGACAGAUAUUAAAAGUAGCUGGAAUAGAAUAAAAUCAAUAAUCAAAAUAGAAACAAAAAAUACAGGAAAAAUUUUAUGUCAUGCAUGCAAUGAAAUCACCUGUGAUUCUGCUAUUAUAAAAACUGUUAAUGUGCCAGCUGACAUCCAAGUACUGCCAAACAGUAGAUCAAAAUUAUGGGAAAUCUCUAUUACUGAAGGCGAACCAUUGACAAUAGAUUGUACAAGUACACAAAGGACUCGUUUUUUUUAUCCACAACUUUUAAUCAAAAACGUGGUUUACUCUCCAGAAAAUAUUUCGUAUUCCGUAUCAGGAGACGAACACUUUUCCAGAUUUGAACAUCGAAAAACAGUUUACAGUGAUAGUGGAUGGUAUGGUUGCGCUAUUGUCUCUGAGAAAUACAAAAAAAUUAAUCAAGAUCGGAUCUUGUUAACUCCCGACAUUUAUGGUGAACUAGGCGUCCAAUGGAUUUACGUUUUUGUUAAAUCAACCGAGCAUUUGUUUCUUGACUUGCCUAUUCAUCAAAAUUCUGCUGGAGAAUUCCUUUUAGAAUCAUCAGGUAGUGAUGUGACAUUGCCAUGUCGUCCUACUUCAUCGAAGUAUCAAGUGCAAUUGUAUGCUAUUGAAAAGGAAAAAACUGAAGAAAUCAAUAUUUCAGAUGAAACUGACUCUUUAGUAUACGACGUGAAGAAAGGAUUUAUCUUUGAAAAUUUCAAAGCCGACAGUGCUUCUUUUGGAUGUGCGAUCAUUAAAAAUGGAAAACAAAAGCGAAAUUUAACAAUUUUCAGAGUUACUUCAACAGAUGAGUCAAAAAAGGGCGACGUACCUACCAUCACAACUUUUUCAUUGACUCACAUGGAAAUUGGUAAAAAUUUCAGUAUGAACUGCACAGUUUCUUUUUAUGAAGAUAGAGAAUAUUUCGUUCAAUGGGUGACGCCUCAGCUGAACAAUAGAACUAAAGAAACAGAAUACCGGAUCACCAAAAACAAAAACUUACUCUCUGCAAAUGGAAAAAGACUUCCGCAAAUUUUAAAUCUUGAGCUAACGAUUGAGAAUGUAACUACAGAAGACUAUGGUGAAUACGAAUGCUUUGUCUAUCAAUAUUCCAAAGUUGAAUCAGCUAGAAUAAAUUUAGUGCCCCAUCAACAUAAACACCUAGACUUAUCAUUGAAAAGUUUAGAAAGUGGCUAUGUGAAAGACUUUGGAAAUCACGCUAAGUUAAUUAUUAGUGUAGAUGCCUACCCUCUACCAAAAUUCAAUUGGUACAACCCAAAAGGACUUGAAAUUGACUAUCAACGGCGAUUUUUUGACUAUCAAAUCAACGGCGAAACGUUUUCCAUUGAUUUAUCAAGCCGCGAGCUUACUCACGAUGACACGGGAACUCACACACUGAUCGCUUAUAACUCAGAGUUCAAAAACACCAUCUCUUUCAACGUAUCCAUUCUCGAACCACCUUCAAGUGUGGAAGAAGAGAAUUUGUACAUGACCAAUGAAAAAGUUCGACUACAAUGUCAAGCUAAAGGGUAUCCAGUGCCGACAAUAAUGUGGCAGUAUGCCGAUGAGUUUGAUAAAUUAAUCGGAACUUCUAUGAGCUCGAACCUAUUUCAGAAUAUCUCUACAAUUGUUACUGAUGGAUUAGUUACAUCAAUCAUCAUCGUCAAAGUUAUGAAGGAAGGUUUUGUGUCAUGUGUUGCAAAUAAUACAAUGGGUGAAAAAGUUAUCAAGAAGCAGAGAAUAAAAUUCGCAGAACAACCUUCAAUUUCUAAUGAACUUUUUGAGCCUGAUAAAUCCGUGAAAUUCAAGGCUGAGUCUCAUCAUCAUGACUAUCUUUUCGGAAUUAUGAACCAAAAUAUUAACGUAACUGAAGGGGAUGCCGUUGAAAUGCAUUGCAGUGCAUCUAUUGAUAGUUAUCCAAAUAGAAUUCUUUGGUAUAACAACAGUAACUCUCUUAGAACGAAUGGGAGAGUUGCAAUAGAUGAAUCUAAAGCAGCUUCUUUAUACACAUCGAAAUUGUUUAUCACAAAUAUAACCAAAUGGGACGAAGGUAAUUAUACUUGUAAAGGAAUAACGAACGAAGGUGGUUUUAUGACGAACCAAUAUCAAUUAUUUUUAAAUGUUGCUUCAGUGUCUUCAACGUCGAUAAUAAUACAAUUAUCAAUAAUCUUAAUACACUUUAUGUAUGUAUAUGCAUAAUAAGAUGAAUUUAUUCCUUA